UUAACCUCACUAAAAAUUAUUAAGUUAACCUCGUUGCUUCACACUACUUUCUAAGAUUUUUUAAAUUGUAGAUGAAACCAAACAAUUUUUUUUAAUCAGUCAUAAUGAAAGUGCCUGCCGUUACAAGGAAUGCUAAAAGUAGCGAAUCAAAAAAUCGACAGAAAAUUAAACAAUUAGUGAAGAGCUCUCGAAUGAAAUGUACUUUAAGACCCCAUCUGAAAAGUGGAAAAACAUCUAAUAAAAAUAAAAGCAUAACUCUAUCAAAAGACAUGGAAAUUGGUAAGGUGAAGAGAGGAAAUAAACAGAAAGCUCAUUUGGGUUUUAUAAAAGAUACUGAAUCAGAUUCUGAACAUUUUAUUGAUGAAAGUGAAGAGGAAACUAACAAUGAAAAGUCUAUUUUUGAUGAAAAAGCAUCUGAAAAUGAUUCAGAUACUAAUUCCGUCGAAAAUUAUGAUAACGAAGUGGAAGCUCACAAAAAAUCACUUGCAAAACUUAAGGAAGUAGAUCCGGACUUUUACAAGUUUUUAGAAGAAAACGAUAAAAAACUGUUACAUUUUGAUGUCUCAGAUGAAGAAGAAAACAGUGAUAAAGAAAGAGAAGAAGCUGAAUCUGUCCACAAACCCAAUAGAGAUCUUGAGGUUGCAAGUGAUGAAAGUGAUUUUGAAUCUACUAAAGAUGAUUUAGUUGAUGGUGAGCUAUGUAAAGUUACUCUUAAAAUGCUUAAAAGAUGGCAAAAUGAGUUACAAACUGAUAAAAGCAACAAAACAAUUAGUUGUGUGAUUAAAGCUUUUCAUGCAGCAUUAAUACAAAUAUCUUCACAGAAUGAUGAAGAAACUCCUGCAUAUAGAGUGGAAGGUUCAUCAGUAUUUAAUGCUGUUAUCCAGCUAUGUGUCUUGGAGUUGGGUCCUGCAGUUCGUCGAUAUCUUGGCAUCACUUAUUCUAAACAGCCGCCACACAAAUGUAAACGCUUUGUGAAAGUUAAAUCAUUAUUGAAAGGAUAUUUUGCUGAUUUACUUAAACUUUUGGGUGGCGUAACUUCUCCAAACAUACUUACAGUUCUCCUUAAACAUAUGCACUAUAUGCUUCCUUUAAUGGUAUCAUUUCCAAAUCUAGCAAAACCAGCCAUUAAGCAACUGGUUCAUCUUUGGGGCACAGCUGAUGAAACUGUCAGAGUUAUAGCUUUUCUUUGCAUCAUCAGAUUAGUUAGUAAUCAACAAAUAAGUCUUUUGGAUACUACGUUUAAAACAAUGUAUUUGACUUAUGUUAAAAAUUCAAAGUUUGUGAGUGUAUCUACUUGGCCUGCUAUAAACUUUAUGCGUCGCUCAUUGGUUGAAAUAUGUGCCCUUGAUCUAAAUGUCGCAUACCAACAUGUUUUUUUAUAUGUAAGACAACUGGCUAUACAUCUGCGAAAUGCUAUAACAAUGCAUAAAAAAGAACACAUCCAAGCAGUAUACAAUUGGCAGUUUGUAAAUUCAUUAAAGCUGUGGGGUAAUUUGUUGGAAAAUACGUACGAUAAGCCACAAUUGCAGCCGCUGCUGUACCCUUUUGUACAAGUGUGUUUGGGUAUGAUUAAACUGGUACCUACUGCACAAUAUUAUCCACUUAGAUUUCAUGUCUUACAAAUUUUGAUCAAUUUGUCAAAGGAAACGGGAGUUUUUAUUCCUAUCUUACCAUUUUUAAUCGAGGUUUUGCAAACAUUCGACUUCAAUAAAAAGCAUACAAAAGUUUCAAUGAAACCUCUUCAAUUUACCUGUAUAUUGCGUUUAUCCAAAUCUCAGAUGCAAGAAAACGGUUUCAAAGACACUCUAAUUGAAUCAAUUUAUGCACAACUACUGGAGUACUUGUCCUGUCAAUCCCACUCAAUAGCUUUUCCUGAUUUAAGUCUAUUUUGCGUUAUGCAGAUAAAGAAAUUUUUAAAGGUUUGUCAUGUUACAAAUUACUGUAAAAAAAUGCGACAGAUUCUCGAGAAAAUUCAACAGACAAAUGCUUUCAUCGAAAAAGAACGUAAAAGUCUAUCGGUUUCUCUAACCGACUCGAAACAAAUAGAAGCUUGGCAGACACUGACUAAGAAUAAAGGAACUCCACUAACGACUUACUAUGAUGAAUGGAAUAAAAUUAGGACGAUAAAGAAAAAUAAACUGGCAACUGAGAAUGAUAAAAUCGGCGAAUACAAUUUACCCAUUAUAAGGAAAACGAAAAAAGAAAAACCGGAUAGCGAAAUUAAAAAUCCACCUAAUCCAUUCCCUAGCGAUAGUGAGUCUGAUAACGAAUUUAAUUUCGGCGAAAGUGAUGACGAGAAAUCAACAGAAAAUGAGCGAAAAACCAAAAGAGGCGCAAGAGGUAAAGGAAAGACAAACAAGAAACUAAUUAGAAGGGAUAAUGACAGCAAUUCUGUAAGUCCCGACGGAAGUGAUGUUGAAGAUUUAAUUGAAGAUAUAAAAUUAAGCGAAUGGUAGUUCUUAAUAUGUAUGUAGUCUUGUUUAUAAUAAUUUUAAGAAAUAAAAAUAGCAAUAAGGGCUACUAGAGAAAAAACUU